AUGUUCACUUCAGAGAAAGGGGUUGUGGAGGAAUGGUUGUCAGAGUUUAAGACACUACCAGAAACAUCUUUACGAAAUUAUGCCACAAAUUUGAAAGACAAGAGUUCUUUAGUAUCAUCUCUUUAUAAAGUUAUCCAGGAGCCACAAAGUGAGUUGCUAGAACCUGUCUGUCACCAGCUCUUUGAGUUCUAUCGUAGUGGAGAGGAACAGUUGCUUCGAUUUACACUGCAGUUUCUCCCAGAACUGAUUUGGUGCUACCUUGCAGUCUCAGCCAGCAGAAAUGUGCAUCGCAGUGGAUGCAUUGAAGCUCUUCUUCUAGGGAUUUACAACUUGGAAAUAGUUGACAAACAGGGACAUAGCAAAGUAUUGAGUUUUACGAUUCCCUCUUUAUCCAAACCGUCUGUGUAUCAUGAACCUUCCAGCAUUGGGUCCAUGGCUCUGACCGAGAGUGCACUAUCCCAGCAUGGUUUAUCAAAAGUUGUGUACAGUGGACCUCAUCCUCAGAGGGAGAUGCUGACAGCACAGAAUAGGUUUGAAGUGUUGACUUUCCUUUUGUUGUGUUACAAUGCUGCCUUAACCUAUAUGCCCAGUGUUUCUCUUCAAUCACUGUGUCAAAUUUGUUCAAGAAUCUGUGUUUGUGGAUAUCCUCGACAACAUGUAAGAAAAUACAAAGGUAUAAGUAGCAGGAUACCAGUUUCUUCAGGAUUCAUGGUACAAAUGUUAACAGGAAUUUAUUUUGCCUUUUAUAAUGGAGAAUGGGAUCUAGCUCAAAAAGCAUUGGAUGAUAUUAUAUACAGAGCCCAGCUAGAAUUAUAUCCAGAGCCGUUGCUGGUUGCUAAUGCAAUAAAGGCUUCAUUGCCUCAUGGUGCCAUGAAAUCUAGUAAGGAAGGUACAAGGUGUAUUCAAGUUGAAAUCACACCAACUUCCUCUAGAAUAUCAAGAAAUGCAGUAACCAGCAUGUCAAUAAGAGGUCAUAGGUGGAAAAGACAUGGAAAUACAGAAUUAACAGGUCAAGAAGAACUGAUGGAAAUAUCUGAAGUUGACGAGGGAUUUUAUUCCAGGGCUGCGUCUAGUACCAGCCAGUCGGGUUUAUCAAACAAUAGUCACAAUUGUAGUAACAAGACAAGUGUAGGAAAGAACCAGAGACGGUCAGGAGGAAGCAAAACUGGAGGAAAAGAGAAAGAAACUACAGGGGAAUCUUGCAAAGAUCACUUUGCUCGAAAGCAAACUCAGAGAGCCCAAAGUGAGAAUCUUGAGCUUCUCUCUUUGAAGAGACUUACUCUAACAACCAGCCAAUCCCUACCUAAGCCUAGUAGCCACGGUUUGGCUAAGACCGCGGCGACUGUGUUUAGUAAAUCCUUUGAACAAGUCAGCGGUGUCACAGUCCCACACAACCCGUCGUCUGCUGUUGGUUGUGGGACUGGGACAGAUGCCAAUAGGUUUUCCGCUUGUAGUCUUCAAGAAGAAAAGCUUAUUUAUGUUUCGGAAAGAACGGAACUUCCAAUGAAGUAUCAAUCAGGUCCGCAGAGACCUCCUAGUAUUAGCGUUACUCUGUCCACAGAUUAAUUUGUGACAUAUUUUUCUCCCAUAACCAAUGAAUCUGGAAAUAUGACUUUGCUUCUUUGUGAAAGUGCCCUAAGUCUUUCAUCCAUGUUCCUGACAGGAUCCCUGACGUCUUAAAUUCUGAAGGCUCCCUUGACUUUAUGAAGGGAAUAAUGUCUAGGUUGCAAUAAGUUGAAAUAUGGUUUUGUUAUUUCUUGAUUGUGAUUUUUUCCCCUUGGUUUGAGUCUUUUUUUCUUUCUUAUUUGUUACUGUUGCCCUAAGACUAUCAGUGUGACAAUAAAUUUUGGCAGGUUGUCUAAUCAAGUUGGUUAUAUCUGAUGUGAGGUUGUGAGAUUUGUUGUUGUUGUUUUUUCAUUAACUCCUAUUUUGGUGGCUGUGUCUUUGGCUUCAGAGUCAAAGGGAGUCUCCAUGUGUGGGAACUGUUUUAUAAAGGAUGGGAUGGAGGAACAACUCCAGGAAUUCUACUGUGGGGCAGUCAGGAAGCCAGUCUGAAAAACGGGCCCAUGAAAACACAAAAAUGAUGUGUAUGAAAAGUGCCUGAUGAAAAUGUUUGUGACAAGAUCGUCUUUAAGAUUAGAACAGUUUAGUCAAGGCACUGAAAAAUGCCUGGUAACUCAGUACCUAGAGUAUUAUAUGAGUCCAGGGGAUGAGCAGGGGCAUUUCUGAUAUCUUUUGAACAUUUUUAUAUCAAAAAUCAGAUUGCUGGUAGGUGUGUUGAAGUGUUUGAUCUGGAUUUAGCAGGUGAAGAUUGCUUUCAAUUCCUAAGGUGUAAUAGGCCGUAAAGCUGAUUUACCCUGCUCCUGGACUUUGGAAAUCCUAGUUAGUUUGGAUUCCUAUAAUUCAGAGCACACAUCAUUGAAGACUUCCUGGAAAUCAUUGUAAAUCUUGCAACACAGCUCUCAAGAUACCAGUAUCAACUAUAUAAUAUUGAAUUGUUUGUCUGCAAAUGAAGGAAAUUUGAUAAAUUUUUCAUCUGUAAAAUGUCACAAAAAGAUGAAGGUAGUGAAAUAUGGACAAAGGACAUUUAUAUAUUAACUAAUUUAGGGUUGUUUAUGUCUGUGCUCUUAAAUUUAAAAUAUGAGAAAAAUGAAAUGUGUUUCUUGGUUGUGAACAGGCCUAUUUUAAAUGUUCUUAUUAUGAUGUAGAAGGAAUAAUCAAUUUUGUUAUCUCCCAACAAAAGAAUAAAAAUUAAAAAUGUGAUAUGACAGAAGCUAAACAAACUUGUAUGUAGCUGUAGAGGACUGUGUGACCUUUAGAUGGACAUAAAAAUUCGGUGUUUGCUAG